UCUGAUGUUUUGCGCUUCCGUGGUUUCUGAUAAUGACACUAGAUGACAGUGAUAUUUGCGAAAAUGUCGGCUAGUGUUUGAAGUUGUUUAUUCCAGUGUAGUGUUUUUAUUAUUUUUGUGAUCAUUGCAAAUUGGUUUUAUCAUUUUGAAUGCACCCGUUAUCUUCCUGAGUAGUGUUCGGUUUAACAUGUCUUGCAACUACGCGGAUGGCUUAUCUCACUACGAAAAUAAAGGGAUUUUAGGGACACCAGAGAAAUUUGAAAACGGAGAAAAAGUCGACGAGAAAUGUGCUGUCCUGGCAGAUUGGAUAAAAAACUCGAAACAUGUGGUUAUACACACUGGAGCUGGAAUAAGUACUUCUGCAGGAAUCCCAGAUUUCAGAGGACCCAAUGGGGUAUGGACACUAGAAAAACAAGGGAAAAAGCCAAAUAUAAAUAUAUCCUUCAAUGAUGCCAUCCCAACAAAAACACACAUGGCACUAAAGCAUUUAAUAGAUAAACAGUAUGUGCAUUACAUAAUAAGCCAAAAUAUUGAUGGCUUACAUUUAAAAACUGGCAUGUCCAGAUCAAACAUUGCUGAAUUACAUGGAAACAUGUUUGUUGAGCAGUGCAAUUUAUGUGAAAGCCAGUUCGUGAGAUUUUCAGCAACAACAUCAGUUGGACAAAAAUGCCUAGGCACAGAUUGCAAAAGGUCCGCUACAUUAAGAGCAAGAAGUUGUAGAGGCAAAUUAUAUGAUACAAUUUUAGACUGGGAAGAUAGCUUGCCUGAAAUGGAUCUGGAAAUGUCUGAUUAUCAGUCAAGUAUUGCAGAUCUCAAUAUAUGCUUAGGGACCACACUGCAAAUAGUACCUAGUGGUAACCUGCCUUUAAAAUGUAAAAAGUAUGGUGGGAAAGUUGUGAUAGUGAAUUUACAGCCUACAAAACAUGACAAAAAGGCAGAUCUCAUUAUAAACACUUUUGUGGAUGACGUACUGGUGAAGGUAUGUAAAAGGCUGGGCCUUGAGAUUCCUGAAUACAACCCUGAAAUAGAUCCUACCAAGUAUCAAUCACCAGAUACAACCAUUGAGUGGAAUAUUUUGAAAGAUGAAUUACUAACUGCAAAAAGGAGGUAUGAAAAAUUGAAUAGAGAAUACAGGAAGAAGAAAGCUGAAGAAAAAUUAUUUCUUAGUAAAUUCAAAAAAGCUAGAGUUUUAUUGAAGAAGGAGGUGCUAGUAGCUACAAAAAAGGAAGAGAAGGUGGAUGAUCCAAAGGAAGAAUUACCUCUGGAAAAUAAGGAACAGGUGAUAGUAGGUUAAAUGUGAGCUCUAGAUUUUUUUUAUAAUCAGGGAAAUAUUUUGUAUAUAUAGUUUUGUAUUUUUGUGUUUGAUUGUGUUCUGUCUAUACACUGUGAAGAUUUUUGAGGAUUAAUUUUUAUAAUAAAUAUAUAAGUAAGC